AUGGGGAACGUAAGCCCUGACCCGCUAGUGGGUGAUCAUUCGACUAUGUCCGAGAGAGAAAGAGACAGUGAACUCAAUGACAUUGGAGAUGAUGAAGAGAUGCUCUUGCUACAAGUGGCUGGAUCUAACACCGAACCUGUCUCGCCUAAUCUUAAAACAGUCCUAGAGAAGGGUUCAGAGUUAAAUCGAACAGCUAUCCAGAACCAACCUGCGGCAUCCCUUGUACAACGCCCACGGAGUUCUGGCAUUGACCUGACGGCUUUCUCUUUUGCCAAGCCUGCACAGCAUGGAAAGACAUUCACGUUUCAUCCACCAGUUAAACAAGCUUCAGCUAUUCCGCCGCCUCACAACAAUAGCGUCCUGCAAACAGGGCUAAAUAGAACCAGGAAGCCUGAUCGUACAGCCCAGAACCACCAGUCAAAACAUAUUUCCGCUCGGUCGAAUAAUAUGGAAAGCAGCUCGAAUCGCCAAAACACAACGGCCUCUUCUUCAUCGUCGGAAAUUCCUGCUCAAGAGUUAGAGACUGUGGGUAGCAAAGUAGAAUCUGCCGCUAGAAUAGACAAUGUCCUUACCUCCACUGUUCAUCAGUCGGAACACAGCCAAGCUCAAUGUGAAGUAGCCGUCCUUUUUCCAUCCGUUACCAAUGGUCAACUUCUAUCACCGGAAAAUGAGCCACAAACCAUAAAGUCAGUUGCUCUCUUUAAGAGAAAGAUCCACGACAGAUUUCCACAGUCACCCAAACAGCGCACGGUAAAGUUGAAAAAGUCAUGUAUUGCUGAGCACCUAGCACACGAGGACGAGAGAAGUGUUUCACUGUCUCCUACGAAUAGCAAGUCAAGAGUCUCGAAGCAUCGUCGAAUGAGUGGAAAAAAGAUCACGUCAAGACAGCCUGCCUUUUUGCUUGAAAAUAGCAAUGCAGACCUGUCUGAGGAGGACCUAGUUCAACUCCUGUUUGCUAAGAUUAAAGCCCGAGAAGACAAUGACGCUGUGGCUUCCAGCGAGAAAGAACAGAUGGAGGCCCAUGUUUCACAGCUUAUACAAGACAAUCUUGCUUUGAGAAGCCAACUCGACGUCCUCAGUAAUGAGAUACAGCAAAAGGCUUCGGAGUCCAGGGCAUAUAAGACUCAACUAGAGGCUUGGAAGGCGAAAAUAGCGAAGUUCAAAUACAUCCUUAACGAGCUGGGUUCUGGUUACAAAGCACUUCGCGUGGAAACAACUCAGCUUAAACUGACAAAAGCAUCGCUAGAUAAUGAUAAAACGGAAAUAAAAAUCACAGUUGCUGAUACAAGGGAGCAGCUGUCCCAGGCUUCUAGUAUUGUUGAGAAGAGCCAAAGUUAUCUUGUCGAAUCACAAACGUUGAUCAAUUCCAUGAAGCAGGCUUUGAAGAACGCAGAGGAAAAGACAAGCUCUGUUCAGGAGCGUUUAUCCGAUGAAAAGAAAAGAUCGGCCUUGUUAGAGACAUAUAUACAAGAUCACUCACGUCUCCAGGCGAAAAGGAUAGGGCUGAUCAGGGCUGACCAGCUCGAAAUGCUAAAAAAGCUUGAUUCUGGAUUUGGAACUGUGACAAAGCAAGCUGAUAAAUCUCAAGCAUCUGCAAAAUCAAUGAUGAAACAAAUACUAGAAGAGUUUCAUAAAUCGUUUAGGUGCUUGGCCGAGAACCAUUCCCAGGAAAAGUUGGACUUUAAGCAGUGUAACGCGACUGUUCAAGAGUGUUCAUCUCAAAUUAAGUCUCUUACGGAAGACUUGACAGCGGUCAUCGAAAAAAGCUCUAAGAUGAAUGGAGAUAGGGCACGGUUUCUAACAGAGCAGCUCGAGUCUGUUCGGGAAAAUGUGGGAAGUGAAUCUGCUUUACUCAAACGUCUCGCCGCAAAUGAAGUUACAUGCAUCGGCCUAUAUGAGAGGCUUGAAGCUUGUGCACCAAGCAUCGAUAAGCUCCGUACCUUCUUGGAAAGUGUUCAGAAGAAAGAGAAUAGCCUCGCCCAGCAACUGGAACAGCUUGAAACCCGGCUCUCUGAGCUACAAGCCACAGAAACAACCGAGCCUACAGCCGCAGAAAUUAAAGAAAGGGCUGAACUUGACCUUAGGAUACAACAAUUAUCAGACAAGCUGAGAACUACUGACGAAAGCCUCAGGAGCAGAGCGACUGAAAAUGAAGAGAUGAGGCUGUCAUUGCUCGAAGUCGUUACGAAGGGCCAGGAAGCAGAAGCCCGCGCAAACAGGUUCGAAUCAGAGGCAAUCACACUACAAGACGAAGUUAAGGUCAUAGAGUCCAAAAUCCGUGAGGAGCUCAAUAGAGCCAGCGUCAUCUCCCGAGAUCAACAUAGAGUCAAAUAUGAACAACAAAUUCAUGAAUUGUUAAGAGAGAAGGGCGAACUGCGCAAGAGUGUUGAAAGAGUCCAGGGUGAAUUAGCGGAGGCGCAAAAAGCACUGGUUGAGAGUGAAACAACGCAUAUGAAGAAGCAGAAUGAAACUGAAUGUUUGGUAUUGGCAAAAGCUGAACAGAUAAAUGCCCUCGAAAGCAACUGUAUGGAGAAAGAAAUCUCACUUGCGGAGCAAACUGCGGAGGUCAACCGACUUCGGGAGAAGGAAACAUCGAUCGCAACGCAGGUGUCAUGCAUGCAAAGACAGCUCCAUGAAGCUAACGAAAAAGCUGUCUGCCUUGAAAAGGAGCUCGUUGUGACCAAGGAAGAGGGCAGUGUAUCAUCUAAGCUGUUACAAGACAAACUUGACAUACUUCAGAAAAGCCUCCUAUCGAAGGAAGAAGAGUACACAAAAAUUCAGGAAGAGCUUUCAAUAGAAACAUCAGCAAGGGUAAGCCUCGAGACUGGUAAGUCGAAGGCGAAAUCCGAGAUACACACUUUGCUGCGGCGAGUCCAAGAUUCGGAACAUUGGGUAAAGAAAAUUAAAGAAUCACUUGAUCUGGUGGAUACUGUAUCUCCAAAGGAACCGUUCUCUGAAACUUGGAACAGGCUGGUAGCGCUCCUACAGCCAGUAGGAUGGAAGAACAGCUCAGAAGCUACUAGUACUACAUUGACCGAACCUAUGGGUGGAGAUACUUUUACUUGCCGCGAUGCUGAUGCUGCUAAAAGUAUAUCCAUAACGCCCCAGGGAAGCCGCGGAGCCUCUGAAAACGACGUUGUCCAAACUACAGAAUUUAUCUAUCGGACACAGAGUUUCCAGAGAAGUGUACAUUCCUCUCCGGUCAACGAGGGUCUAAAAACUAGGAACCUCGAAGUGGCUGAUGUGAAACUUCCAUGCAUCCCGGACUCUCAGCAGUCGAACAGCAUUGUACCAUUCUCAAGCGUUCGACAACUAUCUCCGGCAUGUUCAAUAUCCGACCAAAUUCCGAUCGACUUUGCAGCCAUGCUAGUUUCGACACCGGAGGAAAAUAUCGUUACCGAAAAACCCAAUGACCUGAUUGAUCCAAAUGGGGGCAGUCCAGUGGCAGCCAGCUCUGCUGAGAAACAGUAUGCUGCAAGAACAGAGGACACAAACGUACAGUCAAGAGAUAGCACUCCAUUGGAAAGAAAGGACCAACAUCCUGGGGCUAGCCAGUCAGUUAGCCAGCUUCCUCCCAUCCCGGAAAAGAUGAAAACCUCCACGGUAGCACCAAAAGCAGUCACAUUUGAAGCGCACAGUCCAUCAAUAAACAGUGAAAAGCGCAAGGCUCCGGACUCUGAAAACUGCCAUGAGCAGAAGGAUAUAUCGCAAAUGCCGCUACCUGGCCGAACGCACCGAAGAACCUAUAGUAGGAACAAUCGGCAGACGCCUGAAGUGCGCAGCCAAGAGCAGUUCGCGCAUCAGAAUUACUUGCCUCCAUCAAGUAGUAAAACCUUGGACCACGAGGGUGCUGAGAGACCAGACUCCACCAACAAAAGAGCUAGGGUCCCAACCUCACCUCAGCCAAGACGCCUGACAAGAGCUGAUUCUAGAUGCUUUGAGCGCAAGACAAGUCCUACAAGUCUCGCGUCUGGUAGCAGUCGACACGCUUCUAUGAAUGGCAACCGCCCCAAUAAUCAAAGGUAG